AUGGCAGCCAAUGACUCUUCAGUGCGCGUGAUAGUGCGCAUGAUCAAUGACAGGAUCAUUAUAGUUCAGGUUCUCAUAUCACUUUUCCUUUGCAUCAACCUUUUGCUGAUCACAGUCUUUUUCAUGAAGGAUUUCUUCUACACAACCAUGCGCUACAUCUUCUUUGCACUGACUCUCAUGUCUGAUUGUGUGAUUUUAAUCCUGAGUAAUGUUCUGCUCCUUUUCUCUUAUUUUGAAUUCACCAUAAAUAUGUCAUUGUGUCUUAUUGUGUACGUGGCUUUGUCUUUAUACACUUUUGUCACUCCGGUGACUCUGACAGUGAUGACGCUGGAGCGCUUCGUGGCCAUUUGCAUGCCACUGCGACACGGAGAGCUGUGCUCCACACGCAGCGCUCUGCACUGCAUCCUCAUCAUUCACGGCGUCAGCUCUCUGCCCUGCGUGGUUUUCCUCUCCAUCUUCUUCGCUUCUGCGAGCCACAGGUUUUACACCAAAAGCGACAUGUGCUUUGCAGAGAAGUUCAUCUUCCACACCUGGCAGGGUCACCUUAGGUCUGCAAUAAGUCAGUUUUACUUCCUGACAAUGUGUAUCGUUAUCAUGUUCUCAUACUUUAAAAUAAUGAAGGUGGCCAGAGCUGCAUCAGGACAGAACAGGAAGUCGACAUGGAAAGGCCUCAGAACUGUGGUUCUUCAUGGCUUUCAGUUGCUCCUCUGUCUUUUCCAGCUGUGGUGUACUUUCAUUGAAGCUGCUGUGCUUCAGAUUUACCCGAUGGUCUACGUUAAUGUCAGGUACUUUAAUUACAUUAUGUUCAUUCUUUCUCCGAGGUGUUUGAGUCCUCUCAUUUAUGGCCUCAGGGAUGAAAAGUUUUUUUUUGCUCUGAGAAGCUUUGUUCUUUGUGGUUUGUAUAAGAAACAAUUGUCAAAUUAA